GGUUAAGAGGAGGCAUAUUCUCCAUUUCUCUAUUACGUAAAUCCCAAGCGGAGACCAGCACGAAGAACAAACACAAGCUUGGUUGGACCGGUAGUUAAGAAGAGGGAUCGAAGCCAAGUUAGAGGCAGAGAGAAUGAUGUUAGACGGAACCGAAGAUGAAGACAAGUUUCUGGCCGCCGGAAUCGCUGGCCUUCAGCAGAAUUCCUUCUACAUGCACCGUGCAUUGGACUCCAACAAUCUCAGGGAUGCUCUCAAGUAUUCGGCUCAGAUGCUCUCCGAGCUCAGGACUUCCAAGCUUUCUCCGCACAAGUACUACGAACUAUACAUGCGCGCCUUCGAUCAGUUGAGGAAGCUCGAGAUGUUCUUCGAGGAAGAGACUCGUCGCGGUUGCUCCAUUAUUGAUCUUUAUGAACUCGUUCAACACGCCGGCAACAUUUUGCCUCGACUGUAUCUCCUCUGUACGGUAGGAUCAGUAUACAUCAAGUCCAAGGAAGCUCCUGCAAAAGAUGUUCUUAAGGAUCUUGUGGAGAUGUGUCGUGGCAUUCAGCAUCCUGUUCGUGGACUGUUUCUUAGAAGUUACCUUUCUCAAGUUAGUAGGGAUAAAUUGCCAGAUAUUGGUUCAGAGUACGAAGGGGAUGCGGAUACUGUAGCAGAUGCUGUAGAGUUUGUAAUCCAAAAUUUCACUGAAAUGAACAAACUUUGGGUGCGGAUGCAACAUCAGGGGCCUGCCCGGGAGAAGGAGAAACGGGAAAAGGAAAGGAGCGAGUUGCGUGAUCUUGUUGGGAAGAAUCUUCAUGUUCUCAGUCAGAUAGAGGGUGUUGACCUGGAUAUGUACAAAGAUGUUGUACUUCCCAGAGUACUGGAGCAGGUAGUGAAUUGCAAAGAUGAGUUGGCUCAGUUCUACUUGAUGGAUUGCAUAAUACAAGUCUUCCCCGAUGAGUAUCACUUGCAAACUCUUGAUGUGCUGCUGGGUGCUUACCCUCAACUUCAGCCAUUUGUUGAUAUCAAGACAAUACUGUCCCAGUUAAUGGAAAGGCUUUCAAAUUAUGCUGCUUCGAGUGCAGAGGUGUUGCCAGAGUUUUUGCAAGUGGAAGCAUUUUCCAAAUUAAGCAAUGCCAUUGGCAAGGUGAUAGAGGCACAGCCUGACAUGCCCACUGUUGGAGUUGUAACUUUAUAUUCAUCCCUUCUCACCUUUACUCUUCAUGUCCACCCUGACCGACUUGAUUAUGCUGAUCAAGUUUUGGGAGCAUGUGUGAAAAAACUCUCUGGCAAAGGGAAAAUCGAGGACAACAGGGCAACCAAGCAGAUUGUUGCUCUAUUAAGUGCCCCACUAGAGAAAUAUAACGAUAUUAUGAUUGCUUUGAAGCUUUCAAAUUAUCCUCGCAUAAUGGAAUACCUUGAUAUUCCAACUACUAAGGUCAUGGCAACUGUUAUUAUUCAGAGCAUUAUGAAAAAUGGAACACGCAUUUCUACUUCAGAAAAGGUUGAAGCAUUGUUUGAACUUUUAAAGGGGCUUAUCAAGGAUUCUGAUGGUAUUCCAAAUAAUGAGUUGGAUGAAGAUGAUUUCAAAGAGGAGCAGAAUUCUGUUUCCCGUCUAAUCCAGAUGCUUUAUAAUGAUGAUCCAGAAGAAAUGUUUAAGAUCAUAGAUACUGUGAGGAAGCACAUACUGGCUGGAGGACCAAAACGUCUCCCUUUCACUGUUCCACCUCUUGUUUUUUCUUCUUUAAAGUUGGUCAGACAAUUGCAAGGUCAGGAAGAAAAUCCUUUUGGAGAUGAUGCAUCAACAACACCGAAGAAAAUUUUUCAGCUUCUAAAUCAGACCAUUGAGACCUUGUCAGGUGUCCUGGCACCAGAAUUAGCCCUGCAGUUGUACUUGCAAUGUGCUGAGGCUGCAAAUGACUGUGAUUUGGAACCCGUUGCUUAUGAAUUUUUCACUCAAGCUUAUAUUCUAUAUGAAGAAGAAAUUUCUGAUUCCAGAGCACAGAUCACAGCGAUCCAUUUAAUAAUAGGAACUCUUCAAAGGAUGCAUGUCUUUGGUGUUGAAAACAGGGAUACUUUAACUCACAAGGCCACAGGGUAUUCAGCAAAGCUUUUAAAGAAGCCAGAUCAAUGCAGAGCUGUGUACGCAUGCUCACAUUUGUUUUGGGUUGAUGAUCAUGAUAACAUGAAAGAUGGAGAGAGGGUCCUAUUGUGUCUCAAGCGGGCUUUAAGAAUUGCAAAUGCUGCCCAACAAAUGGCAAAUGCAGCACGAGGUAGCACCGGAUCAGUAAUGCUCUUCAUUGAGAUAUUGAACAAGUAUCUUUACUUCUUUGAGAAGGGAAACCUACAAAUCACCGUUGCUGCUAUCCAGGGCUUGAUUGAGUUAAUUAUGAAUGAAAUGCAGAGUGACAGCACAACUCCAGAUCCAGCUGCCGAUGCUUUCUUAGCCAGUACUAUGCGAUACAUAGAGUUCCAGAAACAAAAAGGUGGCACAGUUGGCGAGAAGUAUGAAGCCAUCAAGGUUUCACAUGCUGGAUGAGUGAUAUUCUCAUGUUAGAUUUUGAAACAAUUUGUUCUUGGGCUGUUCAGCAACUGAUUUCAAUUGUCUUUGGAUUUCAACUGAAGAACCACAAGUUUGUGUGUUCCUGAUAUGUGCUGGCAGCAAAACUACUCGGUCAUUGAGUUAGGACUCCCAUUCACUGUGUAGCUAAACAGACCGAGUCACUAUUAAACAUUGCUAGAUUUUUUCCCCCCUCAAUUUUACAUAAGUUAAGUGAAAUUAUUUGUAGUACAGUUGCUAUAUUUUAAUUCUUAAAAGUGUGCACAAGUGUUUACACGGAUUUGUGGAUUUCCAGUGCAGAGUCUCUAUAGUCAGACAAUUAGUCUAUG